AUGCAGGCAACAGGACCUCCCCCUCCUUUGGGAAGGCUGCCACAGCUGAGCAGGCCCUACUUGGCUAAACACCAGUUUCUUUGUAUGAUAUCUCCUGUUGGUGCACGGAGUAUGAGCUCUCUCUUUUGGCAGCGUGGAAUCUCCUCUGCUUUUUCCACCCCAUGGCAACAGAUUCUUAACUCCUUUCGGUCAGUAGAGUCUUCCAGUGCUUUUCAAAGCAUUCCUAGGCCGGUCGUGCCCUGGAACUACCAGCAAAUUCGUCCAAGAAGCCGGGGCAAUGAGUACCAGCCAUCGAAUCUCAAGCGAAAGCACAAACAUGGGUGGAUUAGACGUAUCCGCAGUGCCAGUGGGAUAGAAGUGAUCCUUCGAAGAAUGCUGAAAGGCAGAAAAUCUCUGAGUCAUUAAAAUUGUCUCUAGUGAGACCCUUUCAAAGAAAGUUGGAAGCCUGAUACAUUAGUUCUUUUUCUUGCUAGAAAACGCUACAAUAUGGUAUGCAUUUCUACAUGGCAUCCUUUAGACACAGGGGUGAUUAUAGUGGUUUCUGUUUUGAUUGUGAAUCUAAAAUAUCUCCAAGAAGGAAUAAAGCUGUUUCAAACUUCAAAAUAAACAUGUCCUUUUGUUUUAAAAAA